ACACAAGCUCAGCCCUGCUCAUUAAUGACUUCUACAGGCAGAACUUUUUAAACGAGGAUUGUGUGCAAAAAUGGCAAAACUUCUGCCUGGCUGCUGCUGCUUUUUGGUUGCUUUAUUUAUUUGCACGGUCCAGUGCACCACCACGAGAUAUUUCACCUACGAAGAGGAUUCACCGGGGACAGAAAUAGGCAACCUGUCCAGAGAUCUGAAGAUUGACCCAGCUGAUGGACACGACACCUCCUUCCGCUUCAUGCAGGAGAAUAACUCCUCCGUGGUGCACAUGAGGGAGGCCGACGGGCUGCUGAGCGUGGCCGAGCUCAUCGACCGGGAGCUGCUGUGUCCCGACGGUUCCCCGCGGUGUUUCCUCACCUUCGACGUGGUUGCUCUCUCCAGAGACAAAUACCAGCUCAUCCAUGUGGAGAUCGAAGUGCGGGACAUCAAUGACCAUGCGCCCAUGUUCGCACGCAACGACACCAGCUUGGAGAUCAUGGAGAACGAGCCCCUGGACGCACGCUUCCCGAUGCCCAUCGCCGUGGACCCGGACGUGGGUGAGAAUUACAUCCAGAGUUACAACAUCUCCCCCAGCAGUCACUUCAUCGUGGAGAUGCGGCAGAGAGAAGACGGGCUUAAGAUCGCAGAGCUGGUCCUGGUGAGGGAGCUGGACCGGGAGAUGGAGGACUCCUAUGUUGUGGAGGUGACCGCCACCGAUGGAGGCGUGCCCGCUAGGUCUGGAUCAAUGACGGUUCGAAUCAAGGUCCUGGACUUCAACGACAACGGGCCUACUUUUGAGCACGGCUCCCUGAAGGUGGAGCUCAACGAGGACUCUCCAGUGGGCCACCGCGUGGUCCGAGUGCACGCCUUUGAUCCAGAUGAAGGCAUAAAUGGCGAAGUGAUGUACGCGUUUGACUCCAUCUCACCUGAAGCAGCUCGCGUUUUCCACAUCGAUCCACACACAGGUGACGUGACCCUUAGAACCCGGGUGGACUUCGAAAGAAGACGGUCCUACGAGCUCCUUGUCAAGGCGUCAGAUUUAGGCGCUAGACCCGCAUCGUCAAGCUGUAAGAUCUCCAUCGAGGUUUUAGAUGUGAACGACAACGCGCCCGAGAUCAGCAUCAAGCCCAUGACCCCCAGCGCCGACGCCGUAGCCUACAUUACCGAAGCGGCUGCAGCAGAGAGCUUCGUCGCUCUCAUCAGCACCGCAGACAGGGACUCCGGCUCCAAUGGAUACGUGCGCGUCAGCCUCCUCGGCCACGAGCAUUUCACCCUGCAGCAAGCCUACGGCGAGACCUUCAUGAUCGUCACCACGUCCACUUUGGACCGAGAGAGGAUCCCUGAGUACAACCUGACUGUUGUUGCAGAGGAUUUGGGUAAUCCUCCUUUUAAAACAGUGAAACAGUACACUAUCAGGGUCACUGACGAAAACGACAACGCCCCUCUGUUCAGUAAAUCGGUGUAUGAAGUGUCCGUCAUCGAGAACAACAUCCCCGGCUCUUACGUCACCACCGUUGUGGCUCGUGAUCCCGAUGUGGGCAAGAACGGCAAAGUCUCGUAUAAGAUUCUAGACUCUGAAGUACCAGGAGGGUCACCCGUGUCCACCUAUGUCUCCGUGGACGCACAAACAGGUUCUUUGUACACCGUGAGAUCUUUUGACUAUGAGAGCAUCCAGGAAGUGGAGCUGGUCAUCCAAGCUGAAGACAAAGGUGUCCCCUCGCUAUCCAGCACCUCAACAAUCAAGAUCCGAGUCGUAGACCAGAACGACAACUACCCUUAUUUCACUUUCCCGAUACUUUUUAAUGACUCUGCUGACAUUCCACUGCCCUUGAACGCCCCUUCGUCGUAUCUAGCCUUGCGUCUCUCUGCUGAAGAUAUGGACGACGGUGUGAAUGGCGACCUGUCGUACCACAUGCUUCAAGGCGACCACAAGCUUUUCACCAUCAAUAAAGACACAGGAGAGAUCGCACUCAAGCAGUGGCUAGUGGCCCAAAUCGGGGACACAUUGGACCUUGUCGUGGCCGUGAGCGACCAUGGACGCUCGCCGCUCUCCAGCAGCGCCACGAUACGUUUCGUGGUCACCGACACGGAGCCCUCAGAGGACCAAGCGGUGGUGUUCUUACAUUCAGACGACAACGAAGAAGGCAUCAUGGCAGGGUUGGACGGGUCGCUGGUUGUCAUCAUCGUGCUCAGCGGGGGGUGCGCUCUGUUGCUGGUCGCCAUUGUUGCCGUCGCUGUGAAGUGCAGAGUGGGACGCAGCAGCGCAGGGAUCUCCAAAAGAGAGGCACAUCACAAUUUAUUUGAGAGUAGGCCGCCCAUGGGGUCAGCGCAUGGCAACAUUUACACUGGUCAGAGGGGUUUCUUCCUGGAGAGGACGGCGUCUAGUCUAGAUGACUCCUGCUUGUAUGAAGAGAGGAGCAGCGACUCUGAGUCAAAGAUGUUCCUGCCCUCUAAGCUUUUCCAAACAUCAGCAUGGCAAGGCGACAAAUACUGCUUGCAAGUGAGUGGCAUCGGCAACACGGACCAACUGAGCGUGAAGGACAGCGGCAAAGGGGACAGCGACUUCAAUGAUUCCGACUCUGACAUCAGUGGAGAUGGAGGCAAGAGGAGCUUCAGCACCUUUCACCCCAAACAGAAGAGUUCAUCCAGCACUGCUAACAGUUUAGGGGGAGAUUGCCAAGGAACCUACUGUGCGAUACCGCCACAGUGCUUCAGGACCCCCCGAGACUUGGCGUACGCCAACGGCUUCUCCCCGGCAACACUUUUCAAUGAUAUGCACCGUUAUAACCACUCCUGGAAGGACUCUUCUUACGGUACCAAUCCACAAAAAACACGAUGCACCGUACAGACCUUCUCCGGAAGAACCCUCCCGCCUUACCUCCCCCAGUCUCACAAUGAGGCACCCAUCCAGAAGCAGAGUCCAAAUAUUGUUACAGUAGCCACAGAGUUAGAGGUUGCCACUAUGUUUUAAAGUGCAACCUCAUGUAAAUAUUUGUAAAAAGACAACCAGUAUUAGUUUAUAGCAUUGUUGAAGACAUAGGUUCCCAGUUGUGUUGGGGGUACGUGAAAAAAAAAGAAAAAUAAUUAGAGCCUGACACUCACAAUUACAAGUGCACCUGAACACCUCAAGUGUGCAUUAGUAGGGGGUACAGAAUAAGGACGACAAUCCACGAUGAUUUGACGUAUAUUCACCCUCAGGAUUUAUUCUUCCUCUCAAAAAUAACAUUUCAGAUAUCAUAAGAUGAUUACAUCAACAAUUACCAAUUUGUUUCCAGACACAUUUCGCAUUUUUUAAUUAGCCUGCUUCAUGCUAUUAACUGUACAUUAAAGCUAGCUAGCAUUAGCCAUUUCGCUUAUGUUCAAAUGCUCUACAACACAUUUUAUAACAAACAUUUAGCAGUCAGCUGUUUACUCUAGCAAUUUUUUAAACUCUUUACAGCUGUUAAAAUAUUAAUUAUGUCUACUUUGUACUAACCUGUGGUACAGAAUAAGGAAAACAAUUCACGAUGAUUUAUGACGUAUAUUCACUCUCAAGAUUUAUUCUUCCUCUGUGGUUUUGUCACCUACUCUAUACCACCAUUGCUGCUAGCGCCCCCUAAUGGACCUUGCGGUAUUACACCCAAACGCCAACAAUGGAAAUUUGGUUAUUUUAGAAACAAACAUAUAAAAAAAAUAGUAGGGUGUCUUUUUUUUUUAUUUUACAAGUGAAUUUUAUUUGUAUGACAUGAACUAUUACUAAUCUUAAAUGCUCUAACCAUAUUUAUGCAUUUUAAACAGUUUUUUAAACCAUGUUACCUUAUCUUUUAUGUACCUUACA